GUGGAUUUGAUUGGCUGUUGACACGUCCUUCUUUUGCUUGGGUCGGCGCGGAAAUAGACGUGAGCGUGGCUGCUGGGGAUAAAAUAUUAACGUGAAUAUCAGUGAGACUAGUUCAUAUUAAUCCGUCAUCAGAAGACGAAAAGCCAGAACAACAGCUGGCGGCGCACUUAUGUAAUUUCAGGGGGGCGUUAUCUUGCGCGAUGGACCACAGUGGGGCCGAGACACCUAGCAUAGCUCAUAAAGUUCUCACGUUUGAAGAUACCAAGGAAAACACGCAAGAGUCCCUGUCUGUCUCCAUACCCGAGGUUCUUGAUCCACAAUAUGGCAUGUAUGUGUGGCCUUGUGCUGUGGUGCUGGCUCAGUAUCUGUGGACCCGAAGAGAAGAGUUGAAAGACAAGACGGUGCUGGAGCUUGGCGCAGGUGUGAGUCUCCCAGGCGUGGUGGCUGCGAGGUGCGGUGCAAAGGUGAUCCUGUCAGACAGCGCUAAGACUCCUCCGUUACUGGAGAACUGCAGGCGCAGCUGUGAAGCCAACGGCCUGCGUGAUGUGGUUGUGUUGGGUCUCACCUGGGGAGAGGUCUCUCCGGAUCUGGUUCUGCUUCCUAAGCUGGACGUGAUCCUGGGAUCAGACGUUUUCUACGAGCCUCAAGAUUUUGAAGAUGUCCUCGUGACUGUCGCUUUUCUUCUAAGAAAAAACCCCAGGGCCCAGUUCUGGACCACGUACCAAGAGAGAAGUGCCGACUGGUCGAUUGAACCGUUGCUCCGCAGGUGGAAGCUGAACUGUGUCAACAUUCAGCUGGAAAACUUUGACGCUGAUAAAUCUGAGCUGGCUGGAUCGAAUCUACCGGGCAGGCACAGUGUCCAGAUGAUGAUUAUCACACUAGAGACAGAAGACUGUCGGACUGUAACAGACCAAAUGUUUCCCAGAGGACGGUCCAGGGAAACAACGAGAUGUUGACCGCUGUGCCUCGUCCAGCCAUAAAACUGCGGAAAGUCUGAGACUAACUGGGUCAACAGUGUUUAAUUUUGAGGGCAGGUUACAAGAAUCACUGCACACCUUUAUCAUGGCAGAAGGUGGGGAGAGUAAUAUGUCUGAAGAGUCUACGUCAGCCGGCUCAGGGCUUCUCGAAGUGCUACACGACGACAUCUGGACUUGCUUGAGGUUCUUGAGGACGUUUCACUUCUCGUCCGAGAGGUGAAACGUCUUCAAGAACCUCAUGGAGAGAGUAAUGUUUUAUUUGCACAAAUAGCAUUUAUACUUGUGAGGAAAAGUUCACAUUUGACAUGUUUAUUAAAAACGUGUUUAGAAAAGAAUCCAGAUUUAAAGUGUU